CGAAGCUAUAUUUGUUUAGAUUUUUUGGACCUUAAUUAGUGUUUGACUUUAGAAUUAAAAUUAAGAAAUAAACUAUUACAUAUAAAGCUUUCCUUUCCAGAAGCGUAAAAGCAGCACUUCUGUGCAAUUUUGAACUCUGAAGAGCAGACCACCGAUAGUAAUGGGACGAUAUGGGCCCCAAUCCGCUUCAGGCACUGAAAACUUUGUAAUAAUGAUGGUAAUUUACUUAUUCUGCUUUGUUUUGGCACUGAAUGUUGCAGAAGCUGUAUCAAUCCAAGACGAUUGCAAGGUGAAGUGGUGCAAAGACCAUGAGCCACCCGUCCGGUUCCCCUUCCGAUUACAAGGCCUCCAGUCACCCCACUGUGGCUAUCCUCACCCUGGGUUUCAACUGUCCUGCUCAGAAAACAACCAGACUAUGCUGAAGCUGCCACGUUCUAUGAAGUUACUGGUGAAGCACAUAGAUUAUGAAGCACAGCGGAUUCACUUGUAUGAUCCUGGUCGUUGCCCCCGGCGGCAGCUUUUAGAUCUCAAUUUAUCUGCUUUUCCAUUCAUGUACGAACAGCAAAGCUAUGGCCACCAACAAGUUCGACCGUACCGGUCAUUUAAUUCCUACACCUUGUUCAAUUGUUCAAGCGAAGAUGCGUCUUUGUAUAGAAGCUAUAGAGUCCCUUGCUUAAGCACCCCUGACUCCCAAAUUAUAGCUUUUGAUUCCGAUGGCUAUGCUUAUGGUAAGAACCUGUUAAAUUGCAGCAAAAUUGGCAACUUCUCGGCAGCAAUUCCUCCGGAUCUUAUCCGGUUUCAAUUAUAUUGGAACAAACCAAACUGUAGGGAAUGUGAAGCGCAAGGCAGGGGAUGUAAACUGAAGAGUAAUAGCACACAGUAUACGGAGUGUUCUGAUAUCCCCAGGCACCAUAUAGGUGCACAAAAAGGGCUAACGGUUGCAGGUGUAGUGUUAGGUUCCUUUAUUUUUGCAACGAUUGCCGUUGGAGUUGGCUGGGCACUUCACUUGGACAAAAGAAAGAAAGAAAGCCAACUGAAGAUUGAAAAGUUUUUGGAAGAUUAUAGAGCACUUAAACCCUCAAGAUACUCCUAUGCUGAUAUUAAAAGGAUAACAAAUCAUUUCAAGGACAAAUUGGGACAAGGAGGUUAUGGAACUGUCUUCAAAGGCAGACUUUCCAAUGAUGUUUUAGUUGCUGUUAAGGUCCUCAAUAAUUUCAAAGGAAAUGGUGAAGAGUUCAUCAAUGAAGUGGGUUCGAUGGGUAGAAUCCACCAUGUCAACGUGACUCGCUUGGUUGGAUUUUGUGCUGACGGAUAUGACCGAGCUCUUGUUUACGAAUAUCUACCCAAUGAGUCAUUAGAGAAGUUCAUAUUUGCAGCCAAGGGCGGAAAUCGCUCCCUUAGUUGGGACAAGCUUCAUGAUAUUGCUCUUGGUGUAGCCAAAGGCAUCGAAUACCUGCAUCAAGGUUGCGAGCAACGGAUUCUCCAUUUUGAUAUCAAACCUCACAAUAUUUUGCUAGACCACAACUUCAAUCCUAAGAUCUCUGACUUUGGUCUAGCUAAAUUGUGCUCCAAGGAACAAAGUGCUAUUUCUAUGACAACAGCCAGAGGAACCAUGGGCUAUAUCGCACCCGAGGUACUGUCUCGAAACUUUGGAAAUGUCUCGUAUAAGUCAGAUGUUUAUAGUUUUGGAAUGCUAUUGCUUGAAAUGGUUGGAGGAAGAAAGAAUAUAGAUUUAACAGUGGAGAAUACAAGCCAAGUGUACUUCCCAGAAUGGGCGUAUAAUCGUUUGGAUAAAGGAGAGGAGCUGGGGAUCAGAAUUGAAGAUGAAGAGCAAACAGAGAUGGCAAAGAAGCUCACAAUCGUCGGACUUUGGUGCAUUCAAUGGUAUCCCGUUGAUCGUCCUCCAAUGAAAGUUGUGGUUCAAAUGUUAGAAGGAGAUGCUAAGGCUCUUACAAUACCGCCAAAUCCUUUUGCCACUACGGAUCAGACGAAGAUGGGAGCCACCUUGCCUAGGAAGCCUGUUAAUAGAGAGCUUGCCACCAUUUCUGAAUUAGAAUAGAAGCAAAAGAUGAAAUAAUCUAUUAGUUGACUACUGCAUUACUCAUCAAAGUCAUCAGUAGUUAUGCAUUUUUAAUCUAUUAGUUGAAACACUUUGAUUUAACCCAAAAGGUUUGGUGGCUUAGGGACUAGAGAUGUGAAAUUAUAUGCCUUUUUAAUGAAUUUAUGGCUUCUAUGGUCUCACUCCAAUCCAGUAAAGAAGCAGAGGUUCGGAGUUAUAAUAUUAUAAUUUGGCAGAUUAAGUUGAGGAUGACCUUUAAAAGCCACUAAAGUUCUUAGGGCCUCAUUGAUCAUUCCCCUUGAAAACGAAUUAUAGCCAGAGAAGAAAAGAAAGAUCCGGCAAAAAAAAAUGGGAACAAAGAAAAAGAAAAGCCAAUGCAUGCAAAUGUGGUACAAUCAGAACUGCAGACACUAAAUUACACGUUGCAAAAAAUAA